AUGCUCGCCGACCAGAUACUGCGUGUGGAGCGGACAUACCCGGACUCUUUAGUUAUUGUCCUCGGCGACUUUAACAAAGGUAACAUCACACACGAACUCCCAAAAUACAGACAGUUUAUAAAAUGUCUGACCAGAGAGGAGAAUAUUCUGGAUCACUGUUACACCACUAUCAGCAACGCUUAUCACGCCGUCCCCCGCGCUGCACUGGGCCACUCUGACCACGUCAUGGUCCAUCUGAUUCCUGCAUACAGACAGAAACUCAAACUCUGUAAACCGGCUGUGAGGACAUCAAAGCAGUGGAGCAGUGAGGCUGUGGAGGAUCUUCAGGCUUGUUUGGAGACUACUGAUUGGGAUGUUUUCAAGACUGCCACCACCAGUCUGGAUGAGUACACAGAGACUGUGACUUCAUAUAACAGUUUCUGUGAGGACUGCUGCAUACCAUUACGCACCAGGGUGAGCUACAACAACGAAAAACGCUGGUUCAGUCCUAAACUCAGACAGCUGAGGCUGCAGAAGGAAGAGGCAUUUAAGAGCGGGGACAGGGACACGUUUAAGGAGUCAAAGUACAGGUUUAGUAAGGCGGUGAGGGACGCUAAACGGCUGUACGCUGAGAAUAUCAGCUCUGUCUCCUGUGUUCACUGA